GUGAUCAUCGCCCUCUCCAGCCACCUGAGCGCCGUGGAAUCGGAGAAGCAGAAGCUCAGAGCUCAGGUGCGGCGCCUGGUGCAGGAAAACCAGUGGCUGCGGGACGAGUUGGCCGCCACCCAGCACAAACUGCAGCGGAGCGAGCAGUCGGUGGCUCAGCUGGAAGAGGACAAGAAACACCUGGAAUUCAUGAACCAGAUGAAAAAGUUCGACGAGGACGUCUCCCCUUCGGAUGAGAAAAGUGGCGAGGCGGCGAAAGAUACCUUGGACGAUCUAUUUCCUAACGACGAUGACCAGGGUCAAGGGCCAACCCACCACAGCGGAGAGUCGGCAGCCCAGCAGGGCGGCUACGAGAUCCCGGCCCGUCUACGGACCUUGCACAAUCUGGUGAUCCAGUACGCUUCCCAGGGGCGCUAUGAAGUGGCCGUCCCGCUCUGCAAGCAAGCUUUGGAGGACCUUGAGAAAACCUCGGGCCACGAUCACCCCGAUGUGGCGACAAUGCUGAAUAUCCUCGCCCUGGUGUACAGAGACCAGAAUAAAUACAAGGAAGCCGCCCACCUUCUCAAUGACGCUUUGGCUAUCCGGGAAAAGACCCUGGGAAAAGAUCACCCAGCUGUGGCUGCCACGCUCAACAACUUGGCUGUCUUGUACGGGAAACGAGGAAAAUAUAAGGAAGCCGAACCUCUGUGCAAGAGGGCCCUGGAGAUUCGCGAGAAGGUGCUUGGAAAGUACCACCCCGAUGUAGCCAAACAGCUGAACAACCUGGCCCUCCUUUGCCAAAACCAGGGGAAGUACGAGGAAGUCCAGUACUAUUACCAGCGGGCCCUAGAGAUCUACGAAUCCCGCCUGGGCCCCGACAAUCCAAACGUAGCCAAGACGAAGAACAACCUGGCCUCUUCUUAUAUCAAACAAGGAAAAUACAAGGAAGCUGAGACUCUCUACAAGGAGAUCCUGACCCAGGCGCACGAGAGGGAAUUCGGAUCGGUCAACG